AUGCUGCGGGCGUUUGUCGAAGAUACGCUGCCGCAUAGGGUUUUGCGGUCUCGCCUCUCGGGCAAAUCCCCGUCCACUGCAGCGUUGGAACAACCGGACACCGGCGUAUACUGCUGCAGCGAUAUAGACCACGAAGUACCCACAGCGGUGACCACCGCAGUAUUCACGUCGGCAGAAUGCAAGCGAUUGUCCGCCGGACCCUUGAACACUGCUGCAGCACUCACAGACGACACCACAGAUCGGAAGCGACUACCGGCAUCCAAGGCG